AUUCGCGAAGAAAUGGAUUUGAAAAACAAAGUAGCUCUCGUCACUGGUGCUGCGACCGGACUCGGCAGAGCGUUCAGUGAGGAAUUGCUAAAGCACGGAGCUAAGGUUGUUGUAUGUGACUUGGACUCUGACGCCGGUGAAUUGACCGUGGAGGAACUGGAAAAACAAUACGGAGAACGGGUGCUAUUUUGUCACUGCGAUGUUACCGAUUAUGUGCAGUUCGAAGAGGCAUUCGAGUAUACAGUAUGCAUGUUCAAGGAGGUCAACAUUGUGAUAAACAACGCAGAAAUCAUGAACGAUAACUUCUGGGAACUUGAAGUCGACGUAAACCUGAAUGGGGCCAUCCGCGGUACACUGCUAGCCCAAAAGUUUAUGGACAAAAGUAAAGGCAGAGGGGGCGGUGUCCUGGUUAACAUUGGAUCGGGAGUCAGCGUAAAGCCUCAGUUAUCUACCCCUAUUUAUACGGCAACUAAGCAUGCCAUUCUUGGUCUGACCAAAGCGUGUGGGGAUCCAUUCCACUAUGCCAACACCAACGUUCGAGCGUUUGCUUACUGUCCUGGCCCGAUAGAAAAUUCAUCAUCGCACAACAAACGUUUCAUGUCGCCGGCGUAUGAGAAAGCCAAAGAAUUGGAUAUGAGUGGUGUGCAGUUGCAAAGGAUGGAACAUGUGGCCAAAGAAUUGAUACCGUUGUUAAAAAAUGCACCGACCGGUUCCAUAUGGCUCGUAUCGGGAGGCAAACCAGCGAAAGAGAUUCCUUACAGUAGCAUCUAAAGCUCAUUCUGCAACACAUUCUUCAUACUAGCGCUUUCGACUCGUAUCACAUUACCAUGAUUUCCAGCAGCAUAUGGCAAACAUGAAAACGUAUAUUAUAAUAAGCAAUUCCAGUCCGAAUUACCAAAACAAUCCUUAAUGUAUCAUUCAUUCAAAUUGUACUUAAGCCGGUGAUGGACUCAUCAAUUCAUAAGUUCUCACACAUUAGCGCAUACAUUCGUAGCGAAAUAGCAUUUCAAAUGGGACAAGUAAUGUUCAAACACAUCACCAUAUUGCGCAGGAUAAUAUUGAAAAGGAAAAAAAACAAACUAACGCUUUUGAUAUACAUAAUUACCAAACAAGACGAGCAACCGACACGGAAUUCAUGAUCAAUAUUGUAAGACAACGUUGAUAUGACUCAUUCGGUAAAACUGUCGUAAAAUAAAGUAUAAAGCAUAAUUAGUAUGAUAA